CGGUUAGCGCCCCUGGCUGAUGUCCUGUAGGAGACUGGAGCACUCACCACCUGAGAUUACGGCUGGGCUCCGCAGGGAGGCAGAAAAGGAAUGAGGCCCGGGCUCUCCCGGGCCUCGGGGGUGGACCCCAGCCUCCUCCUCUUUGUCUUUCUGUGCGGGAGCUGCGCUGAGACCCUAACCCGGGAUUCCGCAGCGUCUUUAGUAUCUGAAUCUCUUACAGUGUCUCCACCAACUAAUGUUGAAAUAAAAUCUUAUAAUCUGAAUCCUGAAGUGUUUUGGGAUUACCAGAUAACAUCUCCAACUCCUACUUUCACAGUGCAGUUGAGAAAGUAUCCAAAUGAAGUGUGGAAUGAAGUCUGCACCAAUAUUUCUCAUAAGAUUUGUAACAUAUUUGACCAUGUCAAAAACUCACAAGUUGCUUACUGGGCCAGAGUUAAAGCUAUUGUUGGACAAAAUGAAUCUUCCUUUGUAGAAUCUGAAGCAUUUCAUAUGUAUGAAAAAGGAAAAAUAGGACCACCUACACUGAAGAUUCAAGAGAAAAAUGACAAACUUAUUAUUGAUAUUGACCAUCCUCUAAUAAUUGUUGAAGGAGAAAAGAAAGGAACUGUGUGUGAUUAUUAUUAUGAAGAAGAUGAUGAUGAUGAUGAUGAUUAUUGUAGCACAUUAACAUAUAAGGUGUAUUUGAAGAUAGAUGGAAAGAAGAUCACUGAGAAAGAAACCAAUCCUCAAUCUUGCAAUGGCACGCAAUGCCAAUUAAUUGAACGAGCAACUUCAUUUAAUUCUGAGUACUGUGUUUCUGCCAAAGGAUUUUCUCAGAAAACUUCUUUCACAAUUAAAUCUGAGGAAGCAGAAGAACAGUGUAUUACAGUUUCACCUAAUACAAAAGAAGAUUCUUCUCUGCCCAUCCUAAUUACUGUUGUAUGCUUCGCCCUUGUUAUAUUUGUAUUACUCAUUAUAAGUUACUGGGUUUGCAAGACAAAGGUGUUUCAGAAAAGCAAUCUCAUUUUGCCCAAGUCAUUGGUCUCUGUAAUAAGAAAUUUUCCACACAACAUUUUAGAGGUGAAUUCGGAAUCAAGAUAUAUUUCUGUUCUUGAAACAUCGCAUUUACCAGUUACAGAAAAUGAGGAAAAUACUAUUAAUCAUUUGACUCCAAGUAAUAUUAAUUCUGAAGACAAUAGAGAAAAAUCAGAACACUUCCAAGAAAUAUCAAGCAUUACAGAAGAAAUGACUGUUGAAGAAAAUAUUACUGAAAAGACUUCUGAUAGAAAUCAGAGUCCAACAGUGAAGAAUUAUUUUCAUUCCAACAGUAACCAAGUUGAAUCUGGCAGUCUCAUUUCAAACUUUUGCCUUCCCACAGAUGAUUCUGAGAAUAGGCAUGUAGAAUCAUGCAACUUCAAAUCUGAUCCAGAACUUCCACAAAGUGACCCUGAAAUAAAAGCUGACAUUCAAGACAGCAUCAUUCUAAAGGUUAACACAUCUUUUGGCUAUGAUAAACCUCAUGUUUUAGUAGAUAUGCUUACAGAUUCCAAUGAUAAAGAAUCUUUGAUUGGCUAUCGACCCUCAGAACCAUUCAUGGAAAUUUCAUAGCAUUGAGCUAAAACAAACUAAAAAAAGUUGACUUUUCAGAUUUUGCUGAGAAGAUAGCCUAUUCAACAUGAGUGAUACUGUGUCUGGAUUUUGAAUCAGAAUUCCUGAUUUCAGAUCCUUGCUCUGUGUGAUAUUGCGCAAAUUACUUCAUGUCUCUGGACUAAUAUUUCCUCCUGUGUAGAAUAGAUUUGGGCUUGAUUUCUCAGGCCCCUUUGUACAAUAGUUUAAAUCUGUAUCAUGUUGAAGAUAUGGAAGUGAGAACUAAAAUUCAUACAGCUUAUGUGAAUUUAACUAUUUGGCAUCUUAAAUGUGAACUCAGUUCAUGGAUGAAUAUGUAUCUCUGCUUGUAUAUAGUUAACUACUGUUGGAACACAAAGAUGUGGCUUUGAGUAUUGGGUACUUAUUAUGGGUAAUCAUUAAAGCUAAUAAGCCAAGUUUUUUUGUUUGUUUUUUUUUUUUAACUGAAUAAAAUAAUUCAUUUAACUAA